GUCUAGCCUUUCCCUGUCUUUCCGUCACCGUCUUGAGAACCCCCCAGCUGGACUCGCCUCGGCGUUUUGACUGAGCAACCCGCUAUUCGCGACCGCGUCACGCCUCUCAUCAGCGACCAAUUCUCUUGUACAACUCAGGCGACGGAGCUAACAUGUUCACCGCACAGAAGAUGAUCCGUCGAAAGAAGAAUGUCAAGAAGGGAAUUCAGUUCUGCCUGAUGGUCUGCGGUGCCUCGGGCACUGGCCGAACCACCUUUGUCAACACUCUCUGUGGCAAGACCGUCCUACCGCACAAGGACUGCGACGAUCCUAGCGUCGCUCAUGUCGAGGACGGCGUUAAAAUCAAGCCCGUGACUGUCGAGCUUGAGCUGGAUGAGGAGGGCACGCGCAUCUCCCUGACCAUCGUCGACACUCCCGGCUUUGGUGACCAGAUCGAUAAUGAGGCCAGCUUCUCGGAGAUCGUUGGCUAUCUGGAGAGGCAAUACGAUGACAUCCUUGCCGAGGAAUCGCGUAUCAAGCGUAACCCUCGCUUCAGAGACAAUCGUGUUCACGCCUUGCUCUACUUCAUCGCGCCCACUGGACAUGGCCUCCGCGAGCUCGACAUUGAGCUGAUGAAGCGCCUUGCCCCUCGCGUCAACGUGAUUCCGGUGAUUGGUCGCGCCGAUUCCCUUACCCCUUCUGAGCUGGCCGAGUCCAAAAAGCUCGUGAUGGAGGAUAUCGAACACUACCGCAUCCCCGUUUACAACUUCCCCUACGACAUCGAGGAAGAUGACGAGGACACCGUCGAGGAGAAUGCCGAGCUUAGAGGGCUGAUGCCAUUUGCCAUUGUUGGAUCGGAGGAGGUGGUUGAGAUCGGUGGCCGCCAGGUGCGCGCCCGCCAAUACCCGUGGGGUGUCGUCGAGGUCGACAACCCGCGCCAUUCGGACUUCCUGGCUAUCCGGUCUGCCCUGUUGCACAGCCAUCUUGCCGACCUGAAGGAGAUCACCCACGAUUUCCUGUACGAGAACUAUCGUACCGAGAAGCUUAGCAAGAGCGUUGAGGGCGGUGCUGGAGUCGACUCUUCCAUGAACCCCGAGGAUCUCGCCUCGCAGUCUGUCCGCCUCAAGGAGGAGCAGCUUCGGCGCGAGGAGGAGAAGCUCCGUGAGAUUGAGCUCAAGGUCCAGCGGGAGAUCAACGAGAAGCGCCAAGAGCUGCUGGCUCGUGAGUCUCAGCUGCGUGAGUUUGAAGCUCGGAUGCAGCGCGAGGCGGCUGCUGCUGCUGCGGCGGCGGCGGCGUCUCAACAGCAGGCUGCUGCCAACCACGAGGCCAACGGCGCCGAGUAGCGCUCAAACCCCUUUCCCUCGAUUACUCGGAGGCAGCGUGAUAUCCGGUCGCUGCUGCACCGAUAUGGCCGAA